CUUGCUAGUUUCACUUUUCUCGCUCUAACCUCUUUAAGAGUGAGAGGAGCAUUUUUUGCCUUUUUUAAUUUAGAGAAAAAAUUUAGUUUUACUUUAUACAAAAUGGCAAAAUAUGAUUUAACAACACUUGUAGGACAAAAUUUGGAUCGUCAUUUGGUAUUUCCUCUUUUGGAAUUUUUAACUGCAAAAGAGAUUUAUGACGAAAAUGAACUUCUCCUUGUUAAAUUGGAGAUUCUCAGUAAAACAAACAUGAUUGAUUAUGUUAUUGAUAUAAGGAAACAAUUGUAUCCCGAUAUUGAAGUUCCGGCUGAAUUAAAAGCUCGUCGUGCAAAUGUUUUACAAGAAUUAUCACUACUUCAAAACAAUAGUUCUGUUGUUUUGCAAAUAUUGCAUAAUGAAGAUACAAUGAAGAAAAUGGAGGGUAUGCGUGAUUCGAAAACACUCAAUAAUUUUUUAACUCAAGAGCAUAAUUUUAAAGUUGAGAUUAUGGACGAUUUUGUAAAAUUAGCAAAAUAUCGUUACGAGUGUGGUAAUUAUUCAGUGUCAACGUCAUACUUAUAUUUCUGCUUGUUGGUUAUGCCACCCACAGACAAGAAUUACUUAAAAGUACUUUGGGGUAAAUUGGCAUCUGAAAUUCUUGUACAAAAUUGGGAAACUGCAUUGGAUGAUUUAAAUAAACUACGAGAGUACAUUGACAGUAAUGUGAUUGGAAAUUCAUUAGAAAUACUUCAACAACGCACGUGGUUAAUUCAUUGGAGUCUUUUUGUAUUUUUCAAUCAUCAAAAAGGCAGGGACCUCAUUAUUGAAAUGUUCCUAUAUCGACCGCAUUACUUGAAUGCUAUUCAAACCAUGUGUCCUCAUAUAUUACGUUAUUUGGCAGCAUCAAUAAUUGUAAAUCGUUUAAGAAGAAACACAUUAAAGGAUCUCGUUAAAGUUAUUCAACAGGAAUCAUACACGUAUCGCGAUCCAAUAACCGAAUUUUUGGAACAUUUAUAUGUUAAUUUUGACUUUGAUGGAGCUCGUCAAAAAUUACAAGAAUGUCAAACUGUCGUUUGCAAUGAUUUUUUCCUAAUUGGACUGCCAGUUGAAUUUGUCGAAAAUGCGAGAUUAUUGAUUUUCGAAACAUUCUGUCGAAUUCAUCAGUGUAUCAGUAUUGAAAUGCUUGCUGAAAAGCUUAAUAUGAAAGCUGAAAUUGCAGAAUGUUGGAUUGUUAAUUUAAUUCGAAAUGCGCGACUCGAUGCAAAAAUUGACAGUAAAUUAGGACAUGUUGUAAUGGGCGCACAACCAGCAUCGCCUUAUCAACAGUUAAUUGAAAAAAUUGAAACACUUAGUGUGAGAAGUGAAGCUUUGGAAAAUGUAAUUGAACGAAAAUUGAAAGCUAAAAAUCAGGAUACAGUAAGUAUAAUGUGGCACUAACAAAAGGGUUAUCCAUCAUGGAAUGAUUUUUAAUGAAAAUGCGCACAGCAAAUUAACUUUAUACAAAAAAAAAGAGAAGAAAACUUUUUAAUAAAAGUGAAUAUAAAAGAAAAAACAAUUAAAAUUGAGCGCAGUAAAUGAUAAACAAUAAUGCAAAGUAUUUAGUUGUGAAGAGUCCCGUUUUUUUUUUACAAUGAAAAUCGAUUACACAAUGGAAUAAAAAAGAAAAAUAUUUAAACAAUCGUUUUAUUUAAGUACGCCCGUUUGCUCAGUAUCAAUCUAUACAGUGUCAUUAAUCAAAAUUAAUUUACAAAUUAACAAUGAUAGAUGAAUAAAAAUAAAAUUUUAAUUUAAACAAAUUAAAUUUAUCGUUUUUUAAGUUAAAACAAAAAAAAAAACAUAUUGCUUAUUUACUGUACAAUGCGGCGUAUAUUUGAUUCAUAUAUAUAUGAUUUGAUGUAUUAUUUUACUGUAAUAGAACAUUUUUAUUCUUA